CACCUCAUGCAUAAAAAUCAAGACAUCAGAAUCAAGACCGAACAAUCUAGGUCCUCACCGGGGUAAAGAAUGUAAAGAGUAUAAGGAAAUGAAUCGCUCACUCUCGACCAGUGAGGUCAAGACAAUUUGAUGCAAAAAAUGCGCAUGCUUAUUCUCUCAAUCCUAUCAUCUCUUCACCAUGAUGGCAGCCUCUAAAUGCUAGAGUUCACAUAUCGGAUGUAACCACUAACUAGCCAAGAGGUCUUAGACACGGGUUUAGAUGACUGGCUACGGUCUUGGACAUGGGAGAAAGGCCUUUAAGGUGGUGGGAGAAUUCAUAGCACAUGGUUCCACAGUUCCAAAACCAACAAAGUCAAAAUCAUUCAAACCAAUUACUUUCUUUCUGCCAUUCUGCAUUAAUCACUUUCUUUAGAGCACAAAAGUGAAGGAGGUCACAAUGUGUUAGUAUUUCUAAGCCAGACUGCUAAGAAACACUAUUUAAUGGGCAUGAUUCAGGUUUUUGUGGUGGCUCUCUUUUUUUUUUCAUUUUUUCCCUUUUCUUUAGAUAACCACCAGUUUUACACACUUAUAUCCUUGCAAGCACAUGCCCACUUUUUCAUUUAAGAAUUACCUCCAACUCUCAUAUUAUUUCCAACAGAAAACAUGCAAAAACCACUAUGUAGAACCUCUAAGAGAUGCAAAGGGUGAUUUUUCAUUGUAGAUCGAAAGAAGGAAAGUUACACGGCUCAAAGGGGUUGACUAGUGGUAUGAGUAUGACACACCGGGACAGUCAAUUUGGUCAUGGGUUAUCCUAUGCCUCCAUCAUCCUUAUUAGUGACAACGUGAAUGCUACACAUCAUGGAAAAGGGAUCUAUCGCACAAGAAAGAAACGAGCAGACUCAAAUCUCACAUGGCUGUCUAUAUUCUCUAUCUCUCAUUCUGAUUCCCUAAACUAGAUGCACGAACGACUAUAGAAAAUAACUGAUCAAUCCAAGUCACAAUUGGUAAGCAAACAGUUGAAACACUAAAACCCUACACAAUUCUACUACACAUCACAGCCAUCAUUAUAGGUCAUCAUAGUCACAAUCAAGUUGUCAUGCAUCAAUUCUAACAGCCAUUCGAUUCACCACAUACCACAGUGCCCAUAUGAUUAUGCAAGCAACAGUACUUGGAGCCAUCAAAUCUCGAGAUUUGGACAGUGGACUAGGCUCCAAUCACACAAACUCAUCUAAUCAGUCAAAGAGAAACACCCCCACACUUAAACAUGACAUUGCCCUCAAUGCGGCAGAGAGAAAGAUAAGGGGAACGAUGUUACCGGGAAAACGGACUGUCGGGGGACAGGAAAUGGGACUAGUCAUUAGGGGCAGUUUGGAAGGUGUACCAGUUUCUGCAAGAGAGUAUCACAAACAAAAACCACUAGAACAUUAUGCGUUAGGGAUAAGUGUCAGCCUAGAUGGGCACAAGACAAAAAUCCAAAAAUGAAAACACACAAAUGACGCAGUUCAGGCUUCGCACACAGAUGGAGCAAACAAAAUUACUAAAAAAACACACAAAAACACUCAAAGGGCCGACGAGUACAAACUACACAUGGCCGAGGUCGUCGAAAUUGAUGUCCGCCAUGAACGCAUCGUCACCGGCUGGCUGGGGUGGAUGUGGGGAAUCCUCCCAAGGAGUCCUCUAGACUGGCGGGGCGCCCGGAACUAGAUCUAAAUGGUGCUGCUGGACCUCAUGCAUCCAGCGAGCCCAGCUCUACUCGCGCUCGAUGUGGGCAAGGGUGAUGCCCUGCUAGGCCUCCAUACGCUCGAGGCGCUCAUCAUAGUCAUCCAUACGGUGGUAUACUCGGCCUGGUGGGUCGAGGAGCUGCUAGUUCUGAAGACUCAGCAGCUGGAACUGGUCGAAAGCGGCCGCAAACUCGUGGUAGACCUUAUUGUGCACAGCCAGCAAGCGGCGGCAUGGUCGAUUGCGAGCAAUAGCAUGGAGGGCAUCAUAGCAGUUAAUCUUCUGGAAUUCUCUCUUGCUCCAGCAAUGAUGCUUCCCGAACUUAGCCGCCAGGACACGAUUGAAUUGAUCCUUGUGGGGUCUCGACCUUAAAUCACUGAUGAACCAAUGCCUAAGGUUUGGCUUUGACAUGUUCUUGCCAGAAAGUGAACCAAAGUGGAGCCAAAAGAACCAUGGGAAAGGUCAAUCACACCCCCACGCUUAAUAACAGAAAACAGCCAAACCAUAGUUUCAUCUAUAGUUCGGGGGUUAAUAACUCGAGCAAAAUAGUGCAAUCUGGGUGGGGGUGCACAUCAACAAAAUAGUAGGCAACUUAAGGUUCACAUCCAUAGCAAACACACCAUCGGAUCACAUCAUUAAGGGCCCCAACCAGCUCCCACAAUAUGGUAUGAAAAAAUGGCAUUUCACCGAACACCUUGUGUGUACUAUUCAAGUAACCAUAAAAUAGAUGAAGUCUU